AUGCCGUACACACCUCCUGAAAUCAAGCAAAACCCAUACCUCACCGGCCUCACCCCGCGCGAGGCCUGUGCUGAUCUGCCCACCCGUCUGGGUCUGUCCUUCGAUAUUUUCGACCGCGACCUCUAUGACUCCUGCUGGACCAACGUUGGCCGUGAUGAAAUCGAGGCCAGUAUCGCCGGUAUCCCCAUGAAAGGCUACAAAGAACUUAAGGAGAAAUGCUACGAUCUCAUCGCGCCUAUGGACACAUUCCAUUUGGUCACCGGUAUCCGCGUGAACUUUGCCGAAGACGGAAAGUCGGCUCAGAUUACUGCCAUGUCCUUGGUGCCUCAUGCUCCUCCUACUACGGGUCUGGAUCCUGUGGGAAAGUAUUUCAUGUCUGGUGCUAUUCAUGAUUUCCGGGCGAUCUUGAACGACGAUGGAAAGUGGAGGUUGAAUGGAUGGCAUCUUAAGUUGCAGUACAUUCAAGGAAAUGCGGAGAUUAUGCCUAACCUUCCUGAGGGAGGUCUGUUGGGUAGUGACUGA